CGGCUAAACUCUUUCCUGUCGUGCUUGGUUACAACUAACAGAUGAACUGUCAGGAGGAUCACACCGGCCCGAUGAGGGUGCUGGUGACAGGAGGGUCCGGCCUGGUUGGGAGGGCCAUACAGCAUGUGGUCAAAGAGGAAGGAGGAGGCAAGGAGGGCGAAGAGUGGAUAUUCCUUUCGUCCAAAGAUGCCAACCUCAUGAAUAUGGAGGAGACGCGGGCGGUGUUUAAGAAACAUCGACCCACUCAUGUCAUCCACCUGGCUGCUAUGGUCGGAGGGCUUUUCAAGAACAUGAAGUUUAACCUGGACUUUUGGAGGAACAACAUCUACAUCAAUGACAACGUGCUGCAGGCGUCACAUGAAGUCGGCGUGGUCAAGGUUGUUUCCUGUCUAUCCACCUGCAUCUUUCCAGAUAAAACCACCUAUCCCAUCGAUGAGACGAUGAUCCAUAACGGACCACCUCAUGAGUCAAACUUCGGCUACGCCUAUGCAAAGAGAAUGAUUGACGUUCACAACAGGGCGUAUUUCCAGCAGCACGGACGCUGCUACACAGCUGUUAUCCCCACUAAUGUGUUUGGUCCCCAUGACAACUUCAGCAUCGAGGACGGUCACGUGCUGCCAGGCCUCAUCCACAAAGCUUACACUGCUCAAAAGGAGGGGAAACCUUUGGUGGUCUGGGGCUCCGGUACUCCCAGAAGACAGUUCAUUUACUCUUUGGACCUGGCUCGUCUCUUCCUGUGGGUCCUGAGGGAGUAUCCAGAGGUUGAUCCGAUCAUCCUCUCUGUCGGAGAGGAAGAUGAAGUGUCCAUCAAAGAAGCAGCAGAAGCCGUUGUAGAAGGACUGGGCUUUAAAGGAGAAGUGGUGUAUGAUACCAGUAAAGCAGACGGCCAGUUCAAGAAGACGGCCAGUAAUGCAAAGCUGCACCAGUAUCUACCAGACUUCACCUUCACACCGUUUAAACAAGCUUUGAAGGAAACCUGCAAUUGGUUUGUCGCCAACUACGACACGGCUCGCAAGUGAAAACUCAAAACCCAAAAAACAAGCGGGAACAAAGUCUGUCGACACAAACGACCCGUUGUGUUGACAGAGGAGAAGAAAAGAGAGAGUUGGCAGAAAUGGAUACAGCAGCAGGAGGAGGAGGAGGAGGAGGAAGAAGAAGAAGAAGAAGAAAAGGUGGCAGGAGGUCUAAACUGAAUGAAGUCUGUCAGCAUGAGUCUAUCCGUCACUCCCGUCUGUGCACUCAGUGAGCUGGACUGAAUAUCUCACUUAUAUGAAUCAUGUUGUAGACUUUUCUCUUUGGGUACAAUACUAUUAAUAACUGUUAGUAUUGUUUUCUACCACCUGUAUGUAGGAUUUUCAAAUUUUUAUUCACUAUGGUAGUGUUGAUCAUUUUGGUUGUUAACUGACUGCUUCAAUCUGGGAAUACAAGGUCUGGUAUAUUUCUUUUUUUUUAGUGAUAUUCUGUGUAGUAUUGAUUAUUUACAGCUGCUCAUAAUUUCAUUACUGGGUUAUCUUCCAUUCUUUUUAAAGGUUUGGAGAAAAACUAGCACGAAUAUAAUUGCAGUAGAGAAUCAGUGAGAUGAAACGAGUGCACGUAAAUUAAGAUAAAUAACAUAAAGAACCAUUUAGUUUAUUUCAGGAGGGGCGUCCCACCAACCACUCCAAGCCAAAUGCUGAGUAUAGUUCAUUAUAUAGACAUCACAGCCUUAUUAAAAUCCAAAUGGUUUGUUUAAAGGCAGCUUCUGAAUAUGGGUUGUGUGUAUUUCUCCAUGGGAUUUGAGCGUUUUGCUACUUUCACAGUAUUUAUAAAAAAGCUAGACCUAAAACAGAAAUAAAAAUCUCCCUUUUGACAAUGUGGGACCUUUUUUAAAUAACCUGGCGUAGAUUCAUUUAAUUUAAUAAACAAGUUACUUUUUUUUACUGAAAUUUAUCGGCAUAUAAAUAAAUGUUUC